CCUCGUUUCGGUUAACAUUUUUCGAGAAAACGUUUAUUUUUAAGGAGUGAACUCGAGGCAAAUAUAAAAAGCUGCGUUUCAAACCAGGCCUUAAUUCGUUCGGGAUUUCUCUUGUCGCCUUAGCUCUGUUAAAGGACGAACUUAUAAAUGGCUAAAGAUCUAACUGAAGAGCAAAUUGCAGAAUUCAAAGAGGCUUUCUCUCUCUUUGAUAAAGAUGGUGAUGGCACAAUCACAACCAAAGAAUUAGGAACAGUUAUGAGAAGUUUAGGACAAAACCCUACUGAAGCUGAAUUACAAGAUAUGAUCAAUGAAGUAGAUGCAGAUGGAAAUGGUACCAUUGACUUUCCUGAAUUUUUAACUAUGAUGGCUCGUAAAAUGAAAGAUACUGACUCUGAGGAAGAAAUUAAAGAAGCUUUCCGUGUAUUCGAUAAAGAUGGUAACGGUUAUAUAAGUGCUUCAGAAUUAAGACAUGUAAUGACAAAUCUUGGUGAAAAGUUAACAGAUGAAGAAGUAAAUGAAAUGAUUAGAGAAGCUGAUGUUGAUGGAGAUGGUCAAGUAAAUUAUGGAGAAUUCAAACACUUGCUAAGUUCUAAAUUGAGAACAAAGAUACGAAAGUGCCGAGCCGGUGAAACUCUAACUGAAGAACAAAUUGCUGAGUUCAAGGAGGCUUUCUCUCUCUUUGAUAAAGAUGGUGAUGGCACAAUCACAACCAAAGAAUUAGGAACAGUUAUGAGAAGUUUAGGACAAAACCCUACUGAAGCUGAAUUACAAGAUAUGAUCAAUGAAGUAGAUGCAGACGGAAACGGUACAAUUGAUUUUCCUGAGUUUUUAACUAUGAUGGCUCGUAAGAUGAAAGACACUGACUCAGAAGAAGAAAUUAAGGAAGCUUUUAGGGUUUUUGAUAAAGAUGGUAAUGGGUUUAUUAGUGCUGCUGAACUAAGACAUGUUAUGACAAAUCUUGGCGAAAAAUUAACAGAUGAAGAAGUUGAUGAAAUGAUCAGAGAAGCUGAUGUUGAUGGGGAUGGUCAAGUAAAUUAUGAUGAAUUUGUUAAGAUGAUGAUGUCAAAGUAAUGUAAAAGCUUUGGUGCGAGGUUAUGUCGCGGUUAAUUUAAUACCGCAGACUAUGUAAAACGUUGCAGAAAUUAAGAUGAUUUAUUUUUUAUAUGUAUGGUGAAGCUUAAUCAUGGCUAUAGUGAAAAAAUGAGCGACACUUUAUCAAUGACAGUACAUAGUUCUUGUUUGUUUUUUUGUUUUUUUAAAAAAGUCGUUAUUCUUAACUUGUUUAUGUUCAAAUUAAAUUUUGGUUAAAACUUAAGUCUUAACCUAUUUGUAAAAGUUAAUAUCUUUUAAAGCUUUUACCUGAAUUGCUAUGAGAAAUUAAAUUUAAAAAGUAUCCUGAAAUUAGCUCUGCAUUUGAGUUUCGCGCCUUAAAAAUGUCAAGGUCUCUUUUUAUUUUAAUGGCGUUGUUUUCAAACAUCGUUUGUACUUAAAAGUUAUUAAAAAUAGAAAUACAUAUAAAUAUACUUA